AUGGUCAUGGGGAGAGUCAAGAUUCUUACUUUAACCUUGUUUGCAGCUUCCCUACUCUUCCUGCCGAAGAUGGAGUCGCAGCUUCUAUUCCCACCUGUCCGCCCUUUCUGUGCAUCACAGUUUGCCCUUGCUAACUAUGCUUGCUCGAUACUCCCCUUUGCUCCGAUGCCCCCUCCAACACCCCCCUCCCCUCCUCCCCCUUCUCCCAAUGAUGAUGGACAGGAAGAGCAACAUGACCAUGGCCAUGGCCAUGGACACGGACAUAAUCACAGGCAUAGACAUGUCCAUCAUAGGCACAGGCAUCAUGUGCAUGAAUCCAUACCUGCAGAAGAUAAUUGUUGUAGGUGGUUAACCCAGCUGGAUAAUCAAUGUGUGUGUGAGCUGCUGGUUCACCUGCCUAACUUCCUCGUUAGGCCUGCUCAUGUGUACUCCGUGGUUAUCGGAGAAACUUGCACCGUUACCUACACGUGCGGAACCCCCAUCAGGAUAAAGAUAUGA